GUUUUUUAAAAAAUGGGUUUGUAAACUUUGAGUUGCAAAAAAAUCACCGUAUCAAAAAGAUUAUAAGUACCCCGAUCUCUCUUUAGUAGCCUUUUCCCUAGAGAUAUCUUGGUAGAAGCUGCUUCUUAAUACGCUCGAUUGAAAUCAAAGUAAAGAUGAUUUAUACUCUUACGUCUGUAACCAAUGAAAACAUUGCCCCGGAAGGCUCUAACUCGAACCAACCGGGAGCGAAAGAGCCAAAGAUUGUCAAUAGUUCUUUCAGCAUCCAAGAUGAUGACGAUUUGCCGAAACCAGUUUUCACUAGUGAGUUGGAUGGUAAAGCGUUCAACGACUAUGAGUUGUUUCGUGAAGAUUAUGAAAGCAAAAUUGAACUGGUGAUUGAAUCGGGAGCUUGGUGGAAGUUUGCUGCUGCUGGUACAGCUCCUCAAGCUAAAGAUAUGUUUCGGCCGACUAAUGAAAAGCAGUGUUCCUAUUUAUUUCAUAAAUGGUUUGGAGAACCAGCAAUGGGCCUAUUCGCUUUUGCCGAUUAUGAUAUUUUACCAAGAAUGAGAUAUUUACAAGACGGUUUCGAAGGAGCACCUUUUUUGAUUUAUUCAUUGAGGUAUAAAGAAGGGUCGGUAUUUGUUGAUGUCAAGGGCCCAGCUUUCACCGAGUUUUUUUCAAAUAAAAAAAUUCGUUCAAAUUCUUUAGAAUUCCAGUCAAUAAUUAAAGGUAUCUACAAAUAUUUCAUCGGUUUCAAGACUACCCGUGGCAUUAUAAGUAAUUGGGCAACUACCCUUUUUUUGGAAAUCGAUGAAACAAAGCUCGACGAGUUGCUCAAAUCAAAUAGUAUCCCUGGGGAUGCUGUUAUUCCAUUUCGUUAUAAAGUAAUAAACUUGGAUGACGAAGACUUGAAUACUAAAAAAUGCUUGGUUGCAUGGAUAUAUCAUGCAUUUUCAGAUGUGGCGGAAGCCAGUAGAAAGAAAGAACAGAAAGUUUUCGAGAAAUUUCACAAACUUGUUGAAAAAGAGAGAUGUUGAAUUGGGCUUUUGAAUCUUUUUGGUGUUCUAUUGUUGGAGUUAUUGAAAUUUUUUU